UGGACCGGACUACAACUCCCAUCAGCCUUUGCGGCGCGCCUCCGCCCACCUCCCCGCGGGUUUUGCGGCCGCUGAUUGGUGGAGUCGCCACCAAUCGCUGCUGCCGCUGCGCUUUGUCCCGUCCCUCCCCGGGCGCUGCGGCCGCUGAUUGGCGGAUCCGGAAGUCGCUCAGCCCCUCCCGCCGCCGCUCGCGCCCGCCGGCCUCGCGCGCGUUGCCGUGGCGACCCCGCGGCGGCGCUGCCCCCCCGCAGCCCGGGGGGGCCCCAGCCCCGAUGCCGCCCCCGGAGGCGCCACCAGGGCCCAGCGUGAGUGUGGUGGUGGUCGUGGGGGGCUCCUGCGUGCUCCGUUACAGCCGCCCCCCUCCCCCGCCCCCCGCGCCCCGGCCCCCCCCGCCCUGGGGGCAGCGGGGACCCCCCCACAUCCAACCCCGGGAUGGGGACCUGUUGCUGCUGCUGAGGAGCCUGGGCCCUGGGGCCCCCCCUGAGCCCGUGGCUGCCACCAGCUUUGUGGGGCCUGAACCCCAGGACCUGCUGCCCACUGGUGAGGAUCUGGGGAGCCCCAGCAGCGCUGGGACAGGGCAAGGCUAUGGCCUGGCCUGGCCACAGGAGCCGGCCCCGUUUGCCGUGGAGCUGCCGCGGGGCCCGGGCGGGUUCGGGUUCAGCCUCCGGGGGGGCCCCACCGGGGUUUUCGUGCGGGGGCUGCGUGAGGGGGGCCCGGCCCAGCGCUGCGGCUGCAUCCAGGUCAGUGAUGAGCUGCUGGCCAUCAACGGGGCCCCCACGGCCGGCAUGAGCCACGCGCAGGCGCUGGCCCGGAUCCGGGGGGGGGGCAGCCGCCUGCGCCUGCUGCUGCGCCGACCCCACGGUGCUGUGCCUGCUGACCCUGAUCUGCUUCGGGGCGUCGCGCUCGGGCUACGCGGGGCUGGCUGCGGUGGAGCUGGUGUUCGCUGCACUGGUGCUGCUGGCCUGGAGCUGCCGCCUGCCGCCCCGGCUGCCGCUGCUGCACUGGGGCUGGACCGACUUCACGCGCUGUGUCAUCGGGGCUGUGCUCUUCCUCAUCACCUCCCUCAUCGUCAUCGUCGGCCACCGGGACGGCGCCGGCAUCGCAGGAGGGGUGUUCGGGAUCCUGGCCGGGGUCCUCCUGGGAUACGACGCCUUCAUCACCCUCCCCACAAGGCAGGCCCACACCGCUGCCCCCACUGAGACCCCAGACGGUGCCUGAACGACCCAACAACCCGGCCGGAGACCUCCCCAAGCCUCCCCUCACAGGGCGACCCCCAGCCUUAAAUUAUUGAGGGGUUCCGACGCCUGGGUCCCCCGGAGGGGGACGGGGUAGAUCUGGGGGUCCCUCAGGGUUUGCCCCUUCCCCAAACGCCUUCGCAAGUGCCUUGAACCGCCCGUGCCUCAGUUUCCCCCUGGGGAGACCCCCCUCAGGUUUAAAGGUGCUCUCAACCCCUCGUGGGGUUUGGGGUGCCCGCCUCAGUUUCUGGGGUGCCUCCGUUAAUUUUUGGGGUGUUCCCCUUCCCCCCCCCUCCCCCAGCCCGCGGGAGGCUUUUGGGGGCAAUAUAUUAAAAAAUAAAGGGUUUUUAUUACUGCA